AUGAGGGUCGGUUUCAGCUUCAACAUCUCCGUCUUUGACCAAGUACCUCUCUAUCUGACUCUAGAUGGGUGUAGAAUAGCGCCCGGCCCAAUCAUGGACCACAAUCUGCUGGUUUCGGAGCUGCAGGCGUUGAUUGUCGAGAGCAAGCGGAGGUAUCCUGAUGUCAAGGAUGCUGGAGAGAAUGCCCUGGAGCUACUGAAGAGCGGUCCUGUCCCAAGGGAGACACUCAUCAGUCAUGCGGAGGAGCUGCUCAAGCCGAUUACGCUCGGAUGCAAGACGAAGGUUGCAAAGAUAGUGGGAAUAAGUAUAGCGGCGCUUCAGAGGCUGGUCUCACUGGGUGGUGUACCAACGCCUGAUCUCCCGCCUGUUUUGCAAACUCUCGCUAGCGUCUCGAAUCAAGCGGUCGACAUCCAGCUCAAGAUCCUACAAGCUCUCUUGAGUAUCUUGACCUACAACAAGGAUAUUCACGAUGACGUGCUUGGCAUUGCUCUGCUUCUUUGCUUCAAGCUGCAAGAAUCUCGAGUCUCGGUUGUUUCCUCGACUGCUGCAGCGACCCUUCGCCAAGCUGUCAUGCUCGUCUUUGAUCGUAUCUCCGCCGACUCGCAGGAGCUGGACGAUACACCCCUAUCGCUGCCGACAGAUCCGCCCACCGAAUACGCCGUCUCGGCUUCGGCGCUCGACGCUUACAAUGUUCUCUCGGACCUCUGUCUGCAUACUGCCACUUCGGCGGGAGGUAUGAGUCUUUGGGGCGGCGGCGAGAAGGAAAAGCCAAGGAUAUUGAAGCUGGGGAGUCUGCAGCGGACGUUCGGGCUGGAGUUGAUUGAAAGUAUACUGGGAGGAUACGAGAAGGAGAUCAAAGAACAUCCGGAGCUCAUCUUCCUCUUACAGAAUUCCCUCUCCCCGUUACUGCUCAAGCUCCAAGCGGAAAAGCCGACUUUCCCAGUCGCUCUGAGGGUGUUCCGACUCAUCUUCCUCCUCCUCCGUUACUAUGCCGAACAACUGCAACCCGAAGUUGAGGCGUUCUUGAUCCUGCUCUUACGGGUUGGGGCAGGGGACAUGGACGGCGAAGAACCGGUCAAGAAGGAGGUGGCGGUCUCGUAUCAGCGGGUGCUAUCAUUGGAGGUUCUUCGAGGCAUCUGCGGCGAUCCAUCCCUUCUUCAAAAGCUGUUUGAGCUGUACGACACCCGCGACGUCGGCAAACCCAUGAUCUUCGCUCGCCUCAUCGCUGCCUUGUCACACCUCGUCAACGAGAAGCCGGCUCUCAUGGGUGUCUCGGCGGACAUACACGGGCUGGACAUACCCAGCGAGGCAUCCAACAGCUCCGGCUAUUUUGAUAUGGGGCUGGGAAUGGUGUCGGCGGCUGCAAGUGUAGGGGUGUCGACGGUCAGCUCAAUGAUGGGAUCAGCCGGGAGCGGGCUGGGUCAGCAUUCGGGCGUAAAGCAGCGAUUGAUCGAGCAACACGACAAGGCAGAAGCUCCCCCCACACCCGAAACAUACCCCUAUCUCCUCGCCCUACAAUCCCUCAUGUCGAUCGCGGAAGGCAUCUAUCACACUGUUGCUCAGGAUACCGGAUCCCUCGACUCGGUCCGCUCCAUGGCUGACUCAGCGUGGCCUGCCCUCCUCGCCGCUCUGUCAUUCUGCGUCGCCACCAACCUCUCGGACACCGUCUUUGCCGAGCUCAUCUCCUCCUUUCAAAACUUCACCAUCGCUUGCGGCCUCCUCGGUCUCAACUCCCCACGGGACGCCUUUCUGUCCACGCUCGGCAAGUAUGCGGUUCCCGCACCGGUCGUAUCGGCUAUGCAAUCCUACGCGGAAGGAUCGGGUCGGAACGGCAGUGUGACGGGCGCCGAGGCGCUCGGUUUGACUGCGCUGGGCGGGGGCGGUCCGGCUGGUCCUCCCAGCCUAUCAGAGCGGAACCUCGCCUGCUUCAAGAGCGUGGUCACCAUCGCCCGCACGCUGUCCUCUUCGCUGAGCGAGGCAUGGCAUGACGUCCUCGAGGUACUCCAGAACGCCAACUUCCUCAUGGGGCGGAAGUCGGCUCCGGCCCGGCGACCCAUCAUGUCCUCUCCGAUCAUCGGCGGAUCUCCAUCGAAAGCUCGGCCUUCAGCAGAAGUCGGAGAUCGGCCAGACGCCUUUACCGAUCUAGACACGGAGUCACUGCAGACCAACAUCAGUGCGCUCUUUGACGGGACGCGGGACCUGGACGAUGAGGCGUUCUCGACGUUCGUCACGGCCCUCUGCAAGCUGGGCUCGGAGAUGAUGGGCACAGAGGCAUCGGUGGCGUCGGUGGAGUACAACGAGUCCUCCGUUCCAUCGACGCCAAAGAGCCCGUCCUUCAUGCUCUCCCCGGCGGACAAUAAUCGGCGCCGAGCCAGCGGGCUGCAGGUGUCAAACAGCAUGAAGUCCAACGAGCGGUCAUUCAGCUUGACAAAGCUUCGGGCGGUCGCGACCGCCAACCUAUCCCGGCUCAUCACUAGCGAUCCCGCUAUCGGAUGGGACAUCAUCACUCGGCAUCUUAUCCUCAUCUCUCGCCAUGCCACCGCUCCGUCCAAUAUCCGGCUGCAAGCGACAGAUGCCCUAGGCGAGCUGUUGACGGCGGCGAUGCGUACAGCAAGGGAGGGGAGGGUUCAGCACCAGGUGUUCCAAGUGCUGGAGCAGCAGGUGGCUGUCCAUCCCGUCAGCCAUGCCCCGUCAACCGACUAUGAGGUGCGGUCGGCCGGUUUCCAAACCCUCAACCAGAUCCUCGAGUCGUCCGGCCAUUCACUUGAGGUCGGGUGGCAGACCAUCUUCGACAUGCUCAAUUCGGUAUGCAAGGAACCAAAUGCAGCUAUGAAGCGGUCCGACUCCAAGCUUUCAGUCCUAUCGGUCCAUACCUCUCAAACCACCCGUCCCUCGAUCUUUUCCAAAGGCGAUGCGAACCUCGUCCGAAUCGCCUUCCCCGCCAUCAACCUCAUCUGCACCGACUUCCUCUCUUCCCUCGACCCAGAUGCCAUGCGGAGCUGUAUAGCCUGCCUCGGACGGUUCGGCUCGCAAAAGGAAGCGGUCAACAUCUCGCUAGCCUCGAUUGGGCUGAUGUGGAACGUAUCGGAUGCGGUCCAGGCGACGUCCAAGGAGCUCUGGCUGUACCUCUUCUGCGAGCUGCUCGAGCUCAGCAGGGAUGAUCGGCUGGAGGUGCGGAGUGGGGCGAUGCAGACGCUGUUUAGGUGUCUGGAGAUAUACGGGACGGCGCUGGAUGCGGAGAUGUGGGCCGAGGUGCUGGGAAAGAUCGUCUUUCCGCUUCUGGAAACGGUCCGCCCGGACGAGUCGCAAGACCUCGCCCUCACGUCGGUGGGCACCAUCUUCAGCUCCUUCUUGCCGCAGCUGGCCGACCUGCCGGACUUUGAGAAGUCAUAUCGCCAACUCCUCUCCGUCUUCCUUCGGUCAUUUACGGUCGAGCAUCGAGCAUGCUGUACCGCCGCGCUCAAAGCUCUUGAUCGGAUCCUCCUCGCUAUCGACUCUUUGCGCUCCCAGCGUCCAUCUGCGGUGUCUGGCGUUCUCGACGCCACCUGGUCCUGCUUUGCGGACAUGUCGGCCGCUCUCGAUUCGGCCGAGCCAUUCACCCAGGAAACGCUCGUCGUCUUUGGCAAAGUCGCCACCUCGCUGCAUCAGCAGAUGACAUGGGAGGCGCAGCGUCUAGCGCGAUUCUCCGACAUACUCCGAGGGAUCAUGAGCUACUCGCGAUCCCCCGAGUAUCGUCUCGACGUGGACAUGAUGUCUCCGCUGCAGCAGAUCAUUGCUGAGCUGGUCGCAUCCUCGUCGAAGCUAGGGAACAGCCUUAUCCUCUCGGAUCUGGCGGAGUUCGCCUCGCUCGCUUUUGCCGCCGAGGGGUCGACCAGUGGGCGCUUGACGUAUGUCGCGCUGGCAAAGUACUGCAUGCCAAAGACCGGCGAGGUAUUUGCGAGGGCAACAGGGGAUAGGCGGAUAUACGAGGACGGGACGGUCCAGGCGGUACUCGGCGCGCUCCUCAUCCCUGUCAAGCUCAAAUACGACUGUCCUGCGCCUAGCAAGUUCGGUAACGACCCUCCCUUGUGGCGUACCGCGCUAUCCACCAUUACGCCCAUCGUCGAGGCGGCUUUACGUACUCUCGACACCUCGGCCGUCCCCGCGGAGCAGACUGAAACGAUAUGGACUUUGGUCAUGGAACUCUUUGCGGGUACUCUACUCGCGGAAGCCUCCGAUAUGACCGGGACAUUGGACGAGGACGAGCAGUUCAUUCUCCCCCUACUCAAAAGACUGUUCGCAGCCAUCAACCCUAGACUGGGGAAUGAGGCGGUUCCCGCCAGGAUACGGAACCACUUCGCCGAGACACUAAGGAAGGCUAGUCUGCUAUAUCAUCAUGAACGACGUGGGGUAGGGAGGGGUACGACGGCGCCUGUCGUGGCGUAUGAGCAGGAGGCAAUGCGAUACUGGGCUUUCGAGGCGCUCAUAGCGGGAUCGUCAGGAAGCGGAGGGCACGGCAAGGGGAAAGCGAAGGAGACGGGGGCGUCGGUGGCGAGGGCGUGUUUGGCGGCAUUGAUGAAGCGGGUCGGAUUGGCUCUCAGGGAGUUCUUGGAGGAUGCGAAGUUGAGGGGCAACCUGCCAUUUCCCAGGGUACGCGAGGAGGAGCUCAUGUAUAUCUUGCGACAUCUGGUUACGCUGCGCAUAGCGCCAGGUACUCUGGACCCCGUCGAGACUGCUUCCCCACUACUACGUUCUGCCACUACCACAUCCGCUCGGGCUCAUCUCUUCGUUCUGUACCCUUUACUCCUCGAGCUGUCCUUCUCUACUGGACCUAUGCCGAGCAUGUGGCUACUGCCCGACGAGCAUAGGCACUUGUUCUGUACACCGGCGGAUGGAGGCCCCGUGGACAUGGUCAAUGGGGAAGCUGUAGGCGACGGUUAUCUGAAUGUAGCGGAAGAGGCGGCAACGAGCGCUGGGGACGGGGGAGAUCUGCUGGAGGUUACGGGAAGGGAUCUAGCGAGGCGAUGCCUGGAGCUGGUGGGCACGGAAUUGGGCUUAUCUAUUUAG